AUGCCCUGUGCUGGACCAGCUUUACUGAACCAGAGGUGUGAUGCACAAUUGUUGCAGGUGCUCCAUAAAAUGCACCAAAACAAGCAGCUGGAGAAGCACGAGCUGGAGAAUUUAAUCGAAAAUUUGGCGCCACAGGCACCGAAUGAGUGUGUGACGGUCGCACUGCUCGGGCAGGUGCUGCAGCGACAUAAAGCCAAGAAAACACAAACUGCCACUAAAACUGAAAUUAGUUCAUCCGCCGAAUAA